UGCCAGGCCCUGGAAAGAAGGAAGGAAGGAAGGAAGGAAGGAAGGAAGGAAGGAAGGAAGGAAGGAAGGAGAGAGGAUGGCAGAGAGCGAGUGCGAGACCCCCAGCACCCCCGGCGAGUUUGAGAGCAAAUACUUCGAAUACAAUGGGGUCCGCCUGCCCCCUUUCUGCAGGGGGAAGAUGGAGGAGAUCGCCAACUUCCCCGUCAGAGACAACGAUGUCUGGAUUGUCACCUACCCCAAAUCAGGUACCAGUUUGUUGCAGGAAGUAGUAUAUUUGGUAAGCCAAGGAGCUGAUCCUGAUGAAAUUGGAUUAAUGAAUAUAGAUGAGCAGCUUCCAGUUCUAGAGUAUCCUCAACCUGGUCUGGACAUUAUCAAGGAGCUUACAUCUCCCCGCCUCAUCAAAAGCCACCUGCCAUAUCGGUUUUUGCCCUCAGACCUACACAGUGGUAAUUCUAAGGUAAUAUAUAUGGCUCGUAACCCCAAAGACCUAGUAGUGUCUUAUUACCAGUUUCACCGCUCCCUACGAACUAUGAGCUACAGAGGAACAUUCCAAGAGUUUUGUCGGAGGUUUAUGAAUGAUAAGUUAGGAUAUGGUUCGUGGUUUGAACACGUGCAAGAAUUUUGGCAGCAUCACAUGGACUCUAAUGUACUCUUCCUCAGAUAUGAAGAUAUGCACAAGGAUCUGGCGACUAUGGUUGAACAGUUGGCCAGGUUCUUAGGCAUCUCUUAUGACAAAGCACAGUUGGAAUCCAUGGUGGAGCAUUGUCACCAGCUCAUUGACCAAUGCUGCAAUGCAGAAGCUCUUCCUGUUGGCAGGGGAAGAGUUGGGUUAUGGAAAGACAUCUUCACUGUUUCCAUGAAUGAGAAAUUUGAUUUAGUUUACAAACAGAAAAUGGGAAAGUGUGACCUCACAUUUGACUUCUAUUUAUAAAAACAAAAAUGCAUGUCUGUAAAAAAAUAUAUGCUAGCUAUACUCUAGCUAGAAGUGCUUUCUGCAUUCAUUUAUUACUUGCUGGACACAACACUGUACCUGUUAUGUGUAUCAAUACUUAAAAAGAAAAAAGGGCACCAUGCACUAGGAAGUUAAAGUGAGAAGAACCCUAUAGACUAGAUCAAAACUCCACAUAAUUCAGUAUUCUUCUGUUGGCCAGAUGCCUCUGGAAAAAUCACAAGUGAACUAGAAAGGAAGGGUGGGCAACUAUGGCCUUCCAGAUGCUGGAUUGGAAUUCCUAUCAGCCAUUGCCAUCAUAUCAGGUUGUGAACAGUAAUGGGAAUUGCAAUGCAACAACAUCUGGAGGGGUGACAUCCCUGGUAUGAAAGCAAUAAGCUUUCCCUGUUUGUCACCAGUAUUUGUAAUU